AUGAAGGUGUCAGUAAAGGAGAAAAUCACACCUAUAGUGCAAAAGAAAAAAUUCCGCUGGACGGUUGAGGACCACGACUCACCUAAAGAAAUAUACAACUGGACGUUGUAUUUGACAGUGUUCGUCUUUGGUGUUCUUGGUGCAGCUAGAGGAUUGGACGAGGGAAACAUUUCAGGAAAUGUGGCCCAACCGUCUUUUAUUCUGCAAUUUGGGCUCGCAGACAAAACAAAAUCCUCGAGUGAAUUGGCUGACCGCAAGUCUAACAUUACUUCAAUGGUUCAGCUUGGUUCAGUUGGUGGCGCAUUAGUGGCCAUGUACACAGUCGACAAACUUGGACGUAUCAAUGCUUUGCGUUUUGUUUGCUGCAUUUGGAUUGUUGGUGCCAUCAUUCAAAUCACAUCUCAUUCAGUGGGUCAACUUUACGCUGGACGGGCCAUUGAAGGUCUUGCUAUUGGUCAAACUACUACUAUUGGACCAGCAUACUUAUCAGAAGUCGCUCCACGUCAAAUCCGUGGUUUGUGUGGAUGUAUUUUUGCUGGUGCUGUGUAUUUUGGUAUCAUGUUGCUGUAUUUUGCCAAUUAUGGAACAGCGUUACACAUUUCUAACACUUCUCGCAACCAGUGGGUUAUACCAACGACUUUGAAAAUCAUAUUUGCAGGCUUAAUUUUAAUCAUGUCAUUUUUGUUUUGCUACGAGUCGCCCAGAUGGUUGAUCAAGGUCAACCGUCCAGAUGAUGCCAUUGACAGAUUGUCCAAGAUCAGAAACCUUCCCAAAGACCAUCCAUACAUUGUGGGAGAGAUCAGUGAUAUCAACGAACAGAUCAUGACAGAGAAGGAGGCAGUUGAAGGUAAUUCGGCUUGGUCUAUGCUCAAAGAACUUCUUAUGGUUAAAGCCAACCGUUAUCGAUUUUUUGUUGUGGCAGUAGCUGCUCAGGUCUUGGGCCAGUGGUCUGGCUCCAAUGCCAUUACUAUCUAUGCUCCAGAGUUGUUUGCGGUUGUGGGGAUUACGGGUGUUGACAAGUUGAAGAUGACAGCCGUUUUAGGUGUGGUCAAAUUUGUUUCGGCCUAUCUCUCUGCAUUCUUUAUUGUUGAUAUAUUUGGCAGAAGGGCGGCCAUGUAUCUGGGAAUUUCACUCCAACUUGCUUCUGAACUUUACUUCGCUAUUUUCAUGAAUGUGGUACCCGAGGCACAGACAACGGGUAACUUACAUGGAUCGAAGAAAAAUGCAUCUCGUGGUGCGUUGGCUGCUAUCUUUUUGUCUGGAUGUGGCUGGACCAUGGGUUUCAAUUCGAUCCAGUAUCUCUUAGGUUCUGAGAUUUUUCCAUUGAACAUUCGUUCGCUUGCUCAAUCAAUGGUCAUGGUAUUGCAUUUUGCUAAUCAAUAUGGUAACUCCAAGGCCCUUCCUAAAAUGAUGAUCGCCAUGAAAGCCUAUGGUGCCUUUUACUUGUUCUCAGGUGUUUUGGCUGUUUCGCUUUUCUGGGUGUGGUUCUUUGUUCCUGAGGUCGCUGGACGGUCUUUGGAAAGUAUGGACGAGAUUUUCAACUUGCCAUGGUACUUGAUCGGAAGACGUGGACCAGAACUCUGUCCAGAUCACUCCGAGCUCAACAGAAUCCAUUACAACAACGGAAGUAUGGUGUACGAUGAAAGCGAGCCCAAGCCUACCCUGAAUUACGUCGAAGACAUCAAUGACGUCCAUGAGGACAAGGGCGAUGAUGAUGGUAAAUUGUUGAAAUAG